AUGGUUGACUCUUCCAACCAUGACGAUAGUGAUGAUGCAGUGGAAUUGCUGAUGGCUCAGCACCGAAAAGAAAAGAAGGCGCUCAAAGGAGGACGAAUUGAAAUCGGAAAGGCUUGGAACGCGAACUGUCAGCUACGUCAUGGAAAAAACUUGCCAGAACUGAUGAAUACCACUUGUCCUUCCUCCACAGUUGGUCAAGCUCCGCUUGAGCAACCCGAAGUUGACACUGAUGAGUUGGACACAGGUUUCUAUAAACAACUAGCAGUUUCGAACAAAGCCAAGAAGAAGCAGGUUAGUUUCCCGCUGGUGCUGGUUUUUCAAUCAACAUUCUCUUUCAAUUUGGUAUCUCCUUAUUUCCGCCCUUUUACAUCUGUUCCAUAUGCUCGCGCUACCAUGUCGUUAGUCUGUCAGGAAAUUUCAUCUCCAGUUCCCUGA